AUGGACGCAUUUCCAUCCGAAGUUCUGCACAUUGUUUUCUCGCACCUUGAACUCAAAGACGUCGGCCAAUUUCGUCUCGCAUGCAAGACUUUCAACGAUAUUAGCGCUUACAUCUUCUUUCAAAACAUUACCUUUUAUUUACACACGGACGAUUUGCGACACCUUCGACAUGUCACGCAGAAGUAUCCGACAUGCAUACGAUCUCUCGUGUAUAGAGGCAGAACGAUCGUGGACGAAGUGUGUGCCGACGACUUUGCCGAACAACAUUCAGAGUACAUGAUCUUGAAGUAUGGAAGGGAGCUCGAACAUUCCUCAGACGACUUACAAGAACAAUAUGCGCGGUAUAAAGACAAGCUCGCGGCUCAGCGUAGGCUGAUUGAUGCCAAAGAUGAUUUCAGAUGCUUGGCUGAAGUAAUAGGAAGCCUUCCACAGCUCCAGUCCAUCACUGUCAAUCCAGACGUGUACUUCUUCCCUGACCACAAUCCACACAACCUCAAGUCCCCCUUUGAUGAACUCUUUUAUGAAUGCAGCCAAAAGUCCGGGUUUGAUUUGGUUCGUCAUGUCGAGGCCGUCUUCUCCGCCUUGCAAAGAGCAGCCGCCAAGAUCGAAGUUUUGCGCCUCGGCCCCGUCCACUGGCGGGUGAUUGAGCACAAUGUCAGUGUACUGAGCACACCUAUUCAAGCACUCUCAAACUUGAGACAUCUUGAGCUGGUCUUCACCCUAGGAAAAUGGUCGCCGUGCCAAGCCUCGGCGUGCCGCGAGGUGGUGAGGUCAGGCGCAUUGCGGAGCUUCCUGAGCACUCUCCCUCACCUCGAGGUCCUGAAUGUGGAUUUCUCCUCGAUAGGCCACUCACGGAAGUUUGGUGCUUCCGUCGAUGAUAUAAUACCCUCGGAUCGUACAUGGAGGUACCUCCACAGUCUGGCCCUGAGGAAUAUGGAAGAGGGACAACAAGACUUUAUGAGUGUGAUGGAGCGACACAAGGAAUCUCUUCGAGAAGUGUGUCUUUCAAAUAUCAGACUUGGCGAGAUAUCCCUGCCUGUCCUUCUGGAAGAAAUACGAAACACCUUGAGCUUGAGUUAUACUUGUAUCUGUGGUUUCAUCACCGGGUCGGCUGAUGCUCAAGGCAAAACGGAGUGGCUGUUGCUGCGCUCUACGAUUGGUGGGGAUUGGCAUCGGGUCAUCAAUUAUUGUUGUCGCGGCAGUGGCUCACCCAAAAAUGGGGUUUGCCCAAUAUCAGAAGAUUGGGACAUGAAUCGAACAGACGAUGACAAAAUCCAAUAUGAGGAGAUAUAUCAAUACGAGGCUCGAUUUCGCCGUUCUCAACCAUUUCCUGGAUUUUUUGCGGCCAAGAAGAACGGUCCAGGAUGCUAA